AUGCCUCAGAUUCUAGAAUCAACAAGGAACUAUCUCAAGACCUCGACCAAACUGGGCCGACGGAUGAGCAACUACAAGCUCGAGGCCGCCUCCUCUAGUCAGUCAAGUCUUAACGAAAUGACCAUCGGCACAGCCAACAAUAGCAACAACCUUUCUUCCCACAAAAGGCUCUCCGGAUUGUUUAAUACCGACGGUCGCACCAAAACAUACUCGCUCUCUUCAGAGGACCGAGUGCCGACAGGACCUGGGUCGGCCAUUCACCAAACAAGGACGAGUCCCAGCACCCAGGAUACGAUCGUUCCCGACGAGUACGACCGCAAUGAUGCCGACUAUCGACGCAGGAAUAGCAAGAGCAGUGAGGGAACCCACCGGAGCAGGAGAAGCGACAAGAGUCGCCUCAGUUCUCAUGAUGGUACUCUGAACAGCAGCAGCAACAACAACAGAAGCAGCAGACACCACAAUAGAGACCGCGAUCAUACUUCAGCCCAUAUGGAGCAUGAAGUCCCUCGCGGUCGGUCGCCCUCCUUGUCCAUGUCCAACACAGUUAGCACCGCCGCCUCCUAUAACACCCGUCCGUCGACUACAGACCCUACCAACCAUCGCCAGGGCCAAUCGCAUGUCUGGAGGCGAAAUCUCUUGGAGGAGAGCAUCAUGUAUUCCCUCAAAAUCGGCUAUGCCGAACGUCGUCGUUCCUCCUCUCGUCAUCGGUCCUCCCGGUCAUCCAAAUCCGACUCCCCUCGUGCCCGCAAGGCUCGCGAACAGGCUAUGUUGGCUGCUGCGACGGGCAGAGACAUCCUCGACACUGUGCCAGAAUCCACAGGACGACAUGCCUUUGAUGUCGAGACACUCCAUGAGGAAAUUCUUGACCGCAGCUUUGCCUCACCACCAACCCUUUCAGCACACACAGGAACAGGUCAACACCACCAGAAAUUGGAACAACACCAACAGCAACAGCCACAAAAGGCAACAUUCCGCAGGGAAAAAGACAGCCCAUACCAGAUGGAGUACAACACAUCGAUGACCAACAUUACCCAGUCCUUUGCCAGCUUCACCAUCGAACUCCCCGAACAACAAGUCUCGCGCAUCAUCACCUCCUCCGCCAUCCCCGAUCUCUUCAAAAUCAAGACGACCAUGUCCGGUGUUCAGGAACAGCGUCCCAGGUCGCGGAGGAAUUCGAGGACCCUUUCUAUCGGAGGAGGUAUUGCCCUCUCACCUCGUGUUCUCACAGGUGGUACUACUGCUGGACGGUCUGCACCAAUAACACUCCACAAACAUACCCAACAGCAGCAGCAGCAACAGCAGCAGCAGCAGGGCGCAGGACUUCAUGUCGAGAAGUUGGUGGAAGAAGAAGAGAACGAGGAUGUCAACUCGCCCGUGUCACCUACCACGGCCACCUGGGUUCAAUCUGUCUUUGCCUCACUGGAUGAGGCCACUACACCAAAGUCUAAGGCGCCGCUCUUCCAAGCUCCCAGUGCCCAAGCUACGGCCGUAUGA